AUGUAUUCACGAGGAUCAACGGCUACUCCUGCACCCGCACGUCGUCAUGAGGCUCUUAGCGAGAGAGUCACUUGGGUCAAUGACUGGUACACGCCAGACAUGGGAUCUGGAGACGGUAGUAUUCCGUCGGAGUUAAAGUUGAAAGGUUGGUACCGAGUAUCAUCUGGUCACACAACCCAAGCCAGCCUUCAAUUAAGUCAGGAUGAUAGUUUAUCAUUACAGAACCAUGCAUAUAUGAAAACAGUUGAAGAGGAACAACAGCCUACGGAAGUCAAAUCAGAUUUGGGUACUGCUAUGUCAAUGAAGAGUGAAGAAGGUCAAAUCUCUGGUUUGGGUAUGAAGUCAUAA